GAAGCUUCUCGAAAGGCAAUUAAGUAUGGUUACCACUUUAUUUCUAUUUUUAAUUCUAUUCUGAGAAGCUAUCCGUAACGUAGCUUUUGCUUCUUACUUUCUCUCGCUUUUUUCUUUUUAUAAUUAUAUAAUAAAAUAUUUUCCCCUUAUCUCCAUUUCUUCCUUUUUGAAUUUUCCAAUCCUUCCCAUCUUUCCUAGGUCCUACGCACCACACCCUCUAUGUGUCGCCGGAACCUUCUAAAAUCACCGAAAAUUCUGACGGUCGUCUUUCUUGGAACUCUGCAGUUUUGGCUCCAGAUCUGCGAGAAGAGCAUCAUCGAUCUUCUAGUCAAGUACGUACUUUUGGUUGCUUUGAUAUAUUAUAUUAGCUAGCUGGGAAAUGGUUUCUGAGUUGAAUAUAUAUAGGACUUAAUUAGUGAUUCAGGUAAGACGAAGAUGAUAUGACAACACAGCCAAUAGACCGGAACAGUGGAGAGCCGACGGCCGGUGAAAUGUCGAGGUCCGUGCCGACACCGUUUUUAACAAAAACCUACCAGCUCGUCGAGGAUCAAUCCAUUAACGACGUGAUCUCUUGGAAUGAAGACGGAUCUACUUUCAUCGUCUGGAAUCCGACGGAGUUUGCUAGAGAUUUGCUUCCUAAAUAUUUUAAACAUAAUAACUUCUCUAGCUUUGUUAGGCAGCUCAACACCUAUGGAUUUCGGAAAGUCGUACCUGAUCGAUGGGAAUUCGCAAACGACUGCUUCCGGAGAGGUGAAAAAAGUCUCUUAAUUGAUAUCCACCGUCGAAAGGUCGUGAUGCCGAUUGCAACUCCUUGCGCAGCGGUGUCGAUUGUGGCUUCUCCGGCUCCGGCUCCGUCUCCGCCUCCGCCUGCUCAAUCACCGGUGACUGUAUCAACGUCGGAUUCCUGUGAAGAGCAAGUUGUGUCGUCGAACUCAUCUGCAGGAAGCACAGCGGAGCUUCUGGGAGAAAACGAACGGUUAAGGUUGGAAAAUUUACAGCUCAACAAAGAGUUGAGCCAAAUGAAGAAGCUCUGCGGCAAUAUAUACGGUAUGAUGUCGAAUUACGCACAAAGUUCCAACAGCGGUAAUCAAUCGUCGGAGAGUAGUUCGCCGGCGUUGAAACAACUUGAUCUGUUACGGACGGAACGGUCCGUAGAUGAAUCACAACAGGUGAAGGCCGUAGGGAAUGACGAGAGCCGGGCCGAACCGGAGGAGGUACAGGCGAGAUUAUUCGGUUUCUCGAUAGGCGUGAAGCGUGUUAGGGAAGGCGAAGAAGCAGUGGCGGAGCAUGCUCGGGAUUUACGGCUGCAGCAACCUGGAACAGAUGUUAAACCAGAACCGUCUGAUCUGGAAAGUAACGGUGAUAAUGAAGAGACAUCGUGGCUGAUACAUUGCGGUGGACGAAAUCAAAGGGCUUGUAACUGAUGGAGUAGUGUAAUUAACCUUAGAUUAGAGAUUAGCUUUAUCCAAAACGGAGAUUAUAUUAGAGAUUAGCUGAUCAAAAUCGAAAGAGCCAGAUCAAGCAGGUGUUAAUUACAGGUACACGUGAUGCCAUGUGAGGAGUCUUCAAGAAGCUUCUUUGAUCCUCUUUGAUUAAUUCCCUUUGUUUGUUAUACUUGCUAUUUUUGUAGCCGUAAAAAAUGAAUGGUUUUCCACUGGUCUCUUAUCAAAGAGCUGUCGGUGGACAACUUUUUUAGAAUUUUUUGGGAAAAUAGUGCAAAGGAAAGUAAGUUUAUCUCCUUGA